AUGCUAAACAUAUCUGAUUCUGUCAUCAUAACAGAAUUGGACAUGUCUGUCCACAAGCCUGGGCAAAAACCAGAGCAAGCUCUUUGCAAAGCGCACGAAGAGAAGAGCUUACCUCGAGAUCCUUCACAAUGGAGGCCAUCAUUCCAUGUCACAGCACCUGCAGGAUGGUUGAAUGACCCGUGUGGAUUGGGAUACGACCCAACUACAGGGUUAUACCAUUUGUGCUUCCAAUGGAACCCGCACGGGAAUGAUUGGGGCAAUAUCUCAUGGGGCCAUGCUACAUCCCCAGAUCUAGUGUCAUGGACGACAUCCACCACUCCCAUCUUGACGCCCUCUGCUAAAUACGACCGCCGGGGCGUAUUUACGGGAUGUCUACAGGCAACAGAUGCCUCCGGACACCCGGGAGCUCUCACAAUCCUAUACACCUCAGUGAGCCAUCUCCCGAUCCACCACACGCUACCAUAUACACUCGGAAGUGAAUCUCUCAGUUUAGCUGUCUCGCAAGACGGAGGCAAGACCUGGGAACGCCAGGACUGCAACCCGGUCCUCACCGGCCCGCCUCCACAUUUUAACGUGACGGCCUGGAGAGAUCCUUUCAUUACAACUUGGGCCGAGGGACCUCUUUCCAAACACACACCAUCAACACUAUACGGCUUUAUGUCAGGAGGAAUUGCCAAGAAAACCCCAACAAUCUUUGUCUAUACUGUCCAGGCAACAGACCUCGGCAAGUGGGAUUUUAUUGGCCCAUUGGUCGACAUUGGCCUCAACCUACAACCAUCUCGCUGGUCUGGCGAUUACGGCGUGAACUGGGAAGUCGCCAAUCUAAUGACCCUGACCAAUGACACUGGCACGUCUCGGGACUUCAUCAUCAUGGGAGCUGAAGGCUGUGUGCCGUUGGAUAGUUCGAAUCCAACCCAAAACGGGGACCAAGAAGCACGCCGGAAACGAGAAGCCCGAGCCCAGCUCUGGAUGUCUAUCACGUCCAACGGAGACAAGAAUUCUACUUCCACAGACAUUUCUCUGGCCUCAUAUGCAUUCUCUGGUAUCUUCGAUCAUGGCUGCUAUUAUGCGGCCAACUCAUUCUACGACCCUCAAACCUCGCAACAUAUCGUCUGUGGCUGGAUCACAGAAGAGGACCUGUCUGAUUCUCUGCGUCAUCGCCAAGGAUUCAGCGGCUUGAUUUCACUUCCUCGUGUGGUGGGACUGAUGACAUUGAAGAAGGUCAAGAACGCACGGAGCUCGCAAUUGAGUUCAAUCACCUCAAUCGACGUAGUCCCCGAUGCACCUGGCACUGGUACCUUCACGAUCCAUACCAUGAAGAUCAGUCCAGAUAGCCGACUUACACGACUGCGACAAAGUACCCGGGAGAGCCAUAUCGCUGGCGUUACCCUAUCUACUUCACCUUCACAAAGUGCAAUGAUGUUAGGGACAUCUAAAUGGGAAAUCGAUGCCGAAUUUUCCAUCAGUAAAGCUUGUGCACGCGUUGGUAUCAAGAUUCUACACACUUCUGAUGCUCAAAACUGUACGACCAUUUCCUGGGAUCCACGAAGUGAGACCUUCGAAAUCCAUCGACCUCUGAUCGACAAUGCCGACGUGAAUGACGGCUAUGAAACUGCCCCGCACACGCUGUUUACUUUCCUGGGCGAACAUGGCGAGGAGAUUGAAGAGACGCUUCGGGUACACGCUUUCUUUGACUCGAGUGUGUUAGAAGUGUUUGUCAAUGACAGAACGGUCAUCUCCACACGAAUCUAUCACCCAGCAGAUCAUUGCUUCGGAGCACUGUUCUUUGCAGAGUCUGAUGCUGGGGUGGAUGAUGGGCAGCCAGCUGCCGUUCUCGUGCGAGCUUCUAUUUGGGACGGUCUUGGUGUACGAGAGUUAGCGAAUCCACCGCCGAGGUUAUAG